UUACCGGAUGUGGCAUUCAACUCUGAAAGGCUUCGCUUGCAAUGGGGGUCAAAGAUCGAAAUGGAAAGACGUGAUUUUGUCGUGUGGAUGAUCCUCGCCUGCCUGGUCGGUGACGCAUUGCCCCAGUACAGGGACAAGAACAUAAACGGCGCCGAGACAGACGCGGUUCAGGCGAUCUUGGCCAGAUAUCUACAGAGACGUCUACAGGGUUCUCAGCUGUCGACGCCGCCGCCACCAGCGGUCUUCUUCAGUAACAAUAACCAAGCCAGAGUGAGGCAAGCUGCUCAAAGGUCGACCAGCAAUGCCUUGCCGAGGAACGUCAGCGUGAAAGAGAGGAGGGAGCACGCCGAGGAUUACGAAGAUUACGAGGACGACCUUGAGGGCUUCGAGGACAGUGAGAGGAGCAGGACCAGAUUCGAUCUGUUUGCCGACGACUGCCCAAACUGCGUGGACGAGCACAGCAGCAGCUUGGCCGCUUCAAGAUGGACGAUGCCGUUGUUGAAGCUCGGCGAGAAAAGAUACUACCUGGGGAUCUUCUUCAAGGCGAACUGGUACAGGGCAUCUCAAUAUUGUCGGUAUCACGGGAUGCAUCUAGCGAGUAUAGCGUCUCAAGAAGAGAACGACAGGCUCGAGAAGCAUAUUAAAGACUUUGGCCUCGGACACGAGCACUUUUGGACCUCAGGCACGGAUCAGGCCGAAGAGGGUACUUUCUUUUGGAUGGCUAAUGGCAGGCCAAUCACAUUCGAAAACUGGAAUGUCGGAGAGCCGAACAAUUUCAGAUACGAGAACGGUGAGGAGGAGCACUGCCUCGAACUGUGGAACAGAGACGGCAAGGGAUUAAAGUGGAACGACAGCCCUUGCAGCUUCGAAACAUUCUUCGUCUGUGAAGUGCAGUGAUCGAUCGGCCGAGACCGACGGACGAAAAACGGAUUCGAAAGUCAUCGAGCCGUGCGUGAUUCGAUCCACGAUGCAUCCGAUUACCAACGAGUCAUCCCUCGGGCCUUGCCCGCUGAAAGACGGAGCGUGCAACUCUUCGCAUCGAUUUCCUUUCGUUUCUGCGGACCCCGGGAAAAAACCGGAUGAAAUGUUACUUUGUGCGUGCGCUUGUGUUCUCGUGUGCGCGCGAGUGUUACACGGCCGUGCGCGUGGUAAUUUUGCGAGUGCGUUUAACCGAUCGUCGAUAGAUCGCUCCUCCUCGUGAAAGACUCGUGACAGAACAAUGCACGCGCAACAAUCGAUCAAUUUAGAAACGUUCGCGAAACUGGAGCCUGUGCUUCGACUUCGUCCUCGAGUCGCGUGAUUCUUCAAGCAGACACGUUUCGAUCUUACAAUAAUGCGAUCUUCUAUACUGCCUAUUCGUGGAAUAUCUUUGGUAAUUAUUUAGAAUAAAGGGCACCUCCAUAGAAUUCAUUACAAUAAAAUCUUUUCACGGAUAAAGAAAUUGUUUGUAUUACUUAAGAAUUCAGAGAGAUUUGGACAACAGGAUUUGUAUUAAUAUAAAAUUGAUAAGCUAAUUUUUGUUCGUUAAUAGAAGAACGCCAGUAUAUACGUAUCUAAUGAAAAACUCUGCUUGAGGUUUCACGCAACUAGAAGAUAUAUGUUACUUCUUCUUUAGAAGAGAGUCAAUAUUGUAAAUGUGUGAUCGAUAACGGCUCUAGUAAGAACAAAGAUAGUUUGUAACCACUAAAAAAAAAAAACUACGAAAUUCUAGAAUUUUGACGACCGGUAGAGUAGCACACUCUUUUCUUUUUCAUAAUCGAGUAAGCUUUCUAUCAAUCCACAAAGUUCCGGAUAAUUUGUUAUACUCUUUUCUUCCUUUUGUUAUAAAAAGCUCGUUGUAAACAUAGAAAGUCGCGGGGAGAAAUCAAAAGACUUUUCCGUAAAGUUACGUGCAGAUUAAUGGCGAUUUAACCGAAUAACAUAAUCCUUACGUUAAUUUCUAAUUACUCAGAACUAAAAAGUGUUUGCGUCACGAUCGUUUAAAAAUUUACGUUUUAUGUCAUCCAAUUAGCGUCAUGUAUAAAUAAGUACAUCGCACUGUGAUUGAAAUUUAUUCGAUCGGAAUUUGUAUAAAGA